AUGGCACGGAACAGAAAACCCGUAAACAGGCAUCGACGUUUAGCCGAAGAGAUCCUCACUCCUCCAGCCUCCUUGACUCCAGAUCAGACCAUUGCUCGCAUACUCAACGCCAAUGGCAAGGACCUCUACACUGUGCAGACCCCAGGCUCCACCACCCUCCUGGUCGAACUCGAGGUUCGAUUCAGAGGGGUCAUCUUUGUCAGGCGUGGCGGUUAUGUGCUCGUUGAUACUUCCCCUGUUUCGGAGCGCACCAACAAAAUCCAAGGCCUGAUUGUGAACGUCAUCGGAGACGAGAGCAGGUGGAGGAAACAAUCAUAUUGGCCUCAAGAGUUUGUCAAAAAGGUUGUGUCCGAAGACAGUGAUGAGGGAGAGUCGGUGGUUGGAAAGAUGCCCCCGUCAGACAGUGAGGAUGGACAACCCGAAGAUUGA